AUGCACACCCUCACGCGCACCCUCCUGGCACUCGUGCCCCUACUUCCCCUUGUGCUCGCCUCCCCGCUCUUCGGCAUCAACUUCGGGAAAGGCACCACCGCGAACGGCGCGCCGACGCCCGUCUCGCAGAGCGACAUAACCAACAACCUCCUCCGCCCGGCCCAAUUCUCGCGCGUGGUGUACUGCCCCUCGAGCAAAGUCACCAGCUGGAGCUGCGGCGGGCCAUGCCAGGCCCUCCCCGGUGUCCACGUGCUCACCGCAGGGGGUAACGAGGCGCAGGUCCCGUACUACUUCAUCGCGCAGGACGCGCAGACGCAGAGCGUCGUCGUCGCGCACGGCGGCACGGACCCGUACAAGCUCUUCUCGGACCUCAACGACGCCGAGUUCAAGCAGGUGCCGCCCAACGCGACGCGUUUCCCCAAGGCGAGCGGCGGCACCCAGGUGCACGACGGGUUCCACAAAGCGCAGGGCCGCACGGCCGACCUCGUCCUCUCCACCGUGCGGAACGCGCUCGCGUCCAGCGGGUACAAGAACGUGCUCGUGACAGGCCACUCGCUCGGCGCGGCCGUCGCGUCCCUCGACGCGGUCAUGCUCCGCAUGGCGCUCCCGGGCGACGUCCAGGUGGGGUCCAUCGUGUUCGGCCUGCCGCGCGUGGGCAACCAGCAGUGGGCGGACCUCGUCGACAGCCUGGUGCGUCUCCGAUCUGUUACGACCCCCCCCACUGAGCACCGACCACGGCGUGCCGCUUUGGGUAGUUCCAGAGCUUCACGCACGUCACGAACCAGCAGGACCCGGUUCCGCGCGUGCCCCCGCAGUGGCUGCAGUACCAGCACCCCUCGGGCGAGGCGCAUAUCACUACUAUUGCCCCGAGCGGUCUCAUGUUUUGUCCGCUAG